AUGCCGGGCAAGUAUUCCCCAAGCUCAAGUAUAGAAAAGAAAUCGCGGCGACUCAAGCUGCGUUACGUUGCCGGACUGUUGUCUGCACUUGCAGCAAUACUGUUUGCUGUGAUUGCGAAUGAUGGGACAGAAAAUCCCUCUGUACAAGAAUACUACACCAGCCUGGAAUCACGAUUAGGAUACUGGUUACUACUGGGCAAUACACGACACUGUGGACUCUACCCGAAAGGUCAGAUCUGGCCUUUCCCUGUUGGCAAAGCACAGCGAGCCAUGGAGAACCAGCUGUACACCAAGCUGGGUCUCGAGCCUGACUCCCGCGUUUUGGACGCUGGUGCAGGAUCCGGAUAUGUGGCCAUGUUUAUGGCGGAGAAAGGUCUAAAUGUCCAAGCUAUUGAUAUUACACCCCUACACGUCGAAGAAGCUCGGCGUAACGUCGAGGCGCGCGGCCUCCAAGACAGGAUCUCUGUCCGUCUUGAAGACUAUCAUAAUCUUACGGACUUUCCCAGCGGCUCUUUCGACGGUAUCUAUACCAUGGAGACUUUUGUGCACGCAGAUGACCCUAUGAAGGUGCUACAGAAUUUCUACCGCCUGCUCCGCCCUGGCGGCGUACUCGUACACAAUGAGGCAGACUUCAACCGAAAUUCCGAGCUUUUGCAGGACGUGCUUCGUCUCUCACACUGUCAAAAUACACUGGAGGAGGGGGCUUUGACUACCAUGCUGGAACAAGCUGGAUUCAAGGACAUUGAGCUAGAUGACCUGACCGACGAAGUUCUUCCUCUGUGGCGCCUGUUUGGGGUCAUUGGAUACGUCCCCUAUCGAAUCUUACAAGUCUUCGCCCUCCACACUCGGUUCACGAACUUGAUGGCCGGGGUCGAAUCCUAUUUGCAUUGGGGAGAGGGGAGGUACAUUUCUGUGAAGGCAAUAAAGCUUUGA